UGAGCAGGUGUAAGGUGAACUUCAACCGUGCUGCUGCUGUGAUACUGUGUGUGUUUAUACUCCGUGUGUGUGUGUGUGUGUGUGUGGUAGCGAUGUGUGUCGUCUGUUUCCUGUGAUGAGUGACGAGGACGAGGAUCUGCAGAGCUGGGGCUGGACUGACCUCUCCAGCUACUCCUCAUCAGCAUCGGACUCAGAGAAGGAGCAGCAGGUCGUCUCCUUCCUCCGGACCAGGAUCAUGUCCAGACGCAGCCUGAGGCUCGAUGACGGCCUGUUGGACCGCAGUCUGCCGCGCAGCAGCGCCUCCUUCAGUGUGGGAGGAGGCAGCUGGAGUAGCACCAGAUCUCUGAAGUCUCGUCGUUCUCAGCAGCACUCCACCUCCUGCUCAGAGUCUCUCCUCGUCCAAACUCCUCGUAAACCGGCCGGCCCGUUGCUCCUCAGCAGCAGCCUCCACAGCGUGGCCUCCGACGCCUCCCUGCUCUCCUCCCUGCUGGACGAGUCCUCCAUCCAGGAGUCGACGCUGGUCGACACUUUCUGGGGUUUGGACCAUGACAUUGACCCUAAAGAAAGUACCAUCAUAGCGGAGCAGAGCACCGUUCUGGAGGACAACACUCUGAUUGGUUCAGACAGCCGCUGCGACAAACACCCAGUCCAAACACUCAGCAGGGUUUACUGUAAAGACUGUGAGCUGCACUCAGACAGGAAGGAGUCCGUCACCACGUACUGCUCCUCCUCCAAAUACUCCACCUCCUCCUCCUCCCCCGUUGACGGUGCCAGGACUCUUGGACCACAGGGAACUGGAGACGUCUACCAUCUACUGCCGAGACCGGAGUCGCAAGAGCAGGACAGCAGGUGUGCUGGUGUCCGUGUGGGAUGCAGGUGUGAGGGCAGCAGCCUGUGUAAUCUCCCUGUUAACUCUGCUUUACCAUCACCUGCUGCUGCAGAAACACCACGAUGUGACAGAUGUGCUGCAGCUGUGGCUGGAUUCGUCAGUGCUGUGUGUCAGGAGAGCUGCAGCCUGCUGUGUCUCUGCACUGACACACACCUGGCAGGUGUGUCGGGGGCGGGCCUCAAAUGCAGCAGAGUGCAGCUUAAACACAGACAGCAGACAUGGAGCUCGAUCUGGUCACUGUGGAGUCAUGAGCCUGAAGGAGUCGGCCACGAACCAGAAGGAGCUUCAUCCCAACGGAUCUCUGUGUGUGACGACUGUAAGGAGAAACAACGCCCAGAGAUGAACACUGUCACUUCAUCUUCAUGGUCCUCACUGGCUUCCUGUGCGUUGGGGCUGAUGUGGAGCGCUACUGUUUUUACAGCUUCGUGUCUCUUUCAGCUGUCUCAGGCUGCAGUCUCGGCUCUCUGGCCUUUGACCAAGAAAGCAUAUUUUGCUUCGUGGAGUGCCGGGCGCUCUGCAGGUAAAACAGCAGGUGAGGUGUUGAGACGGUUAAGCAGACGAUGGCAUCACAUGACCACCAGCUUUCCCCUGACUUGGUUCCCUCUCAGACUCCUUGUGGUUCUCCUCCCUCUGCUGCUCCUCCUGUUCAGCCUGUGUUGGUUUGGUCCAACCAGUCUACAGUCUAUCCUCCCAGCUGUAAACAUCACAGAGUGGACGACGAUGGCGGUCUCUGACAUCCACGAUUCGUCGUCCAGCCACAGCUACGUGUCCUUCCUGAGCGAGUCAGCAGAGGGCACUGUCGAGGAGUCGAGCGAGGUGCAGCCCUACGUGGAGCCGCUCUACAGUCAACCUCCUCCAGCUCAAGCACCGACAGCAGAGGAGGAGGAGGAGGAGGAGGAGGAGGAGUCUGCGGGGAAAGAGUCGUCCCGGCUCGUAGGUCUGGAGCAGAGUCUGACGGCGCUGUGGGAGCGUGUGGAGGCCGGAGGACAGCGGGCAGAGCAGAGACACAGGGAGGUUCUCGGACUGUACGCUGACCUUCGGCGGCAACAGCAGGAGGCCUCUGCUCAGAGCAGGGAGGAGGGCGUGGAGCCCUGGCUGAGCGGCCUGCUGGACCAGCAGCUGACCCAGCUCAGGAGGAGACUAGAUGAGGAGAGACAGCAGAGGGAACAGAUUCGACAGCAGGAUUUGUUGCUGCAGCAGAGUCAAACGUCUCGUCUGGAUCAGCUGGAGCUGCAGCUGCAGGCACUGGCUGCCAAAACAGAGGAGGUGCAGUGGAGACAAGAAGCAGCUACAACAUCCUCACCUUCACCUGCAACACUUCCAGCUGCUGUCAGUGUUGGUGUGGACCGUCAGUCCCACAAUGCUUUGCUGGCAGAGGUGGCAAGGUUAGAGGCGGCUCUGGAGGACGUGAGGCGCGACAUUAAGGGUCUGUCUGGGUUUCAGGAUGGCUGCCGAAGACUCGAAGGAAUCCAGCAGACGAUUUCAGCGCAGGUCUCCACCCAGGUCCAUGAGGAGGUUCAGGCUCUCAUCUAUGGGAACCAGCUGACGGUGGGAGGCGGUGGAGACUCAGACACCCUCUCAGAGUCACUCCUCCAGUGGUUGUCCCAGCGGUACGUCAGCAGGAGUGACCUGCAGGCAGCGCUGGCCUCUCUGGAACUCAGCAUCCUGCAGAACAUCAGCCUGCAGCUGGAGCAACACCACAGCGAGGAGGUGGUCCGAGAGGCCGUCCUGCAAACCGCUAAGGCUGCUGGUGCCACCGUAACGGAGGAGGACGUCCACGUGAUCGUGAAGAACGCCCUGCAGCUGUUUUCUCAGGACCGAACCGGCCUGGCCGACUACGCCCUGGAGUCUGGAGGGGGCAGCAUCCUGAGCACUCGCUGCUCGCAGACGUACGAGACGAAGGCGGCUCUCCUCAGUCUGUUUGGAGUUCCUCUCUGGUAUUUCUCUCAGUCUCCUCGAGCUGUAAUCCAGCCGGACAUCCAUCCAGGAAACUGCUGGGCCUUCAGAGGCUCAACAGGCUUCCUGGUGAUCCGACUCUCUAUGAGGAUCCUCCCCACUGCCUUCUCCCUGGAGCACAUCCCCAAAGCCCUGGCACCCAGCGGGACUCUGCUCAGUGCCCCCCGAGACUUCAGUGUCUACGGUCUGGAUGAUGAGAGCCAGGAGAGGGGGAAGCUGCUAGGCGCCUACACCUAUGAUGAGGAUGGAGAGUCUCUGCAGACCUACCCUGUCACUGUGGAGAACGAUCAAGCCUUCCAGAUCAUCGAGGUACAGGUGUUGUCCAACUGGGGACACCAGGAGUACACCUGCAUGUACCGCUUCAGAGUACACGGGAUGCCAAGUGACGACUGAGGAUACCACACAGCCUUAAUGUCCAAUUAUUUAAUACACAAACAGUGUGGAGAUGAUGGAGACACCAUCAGCCACUUGCUGCUAAUUGUGCCUGAGUAACUGUGGAGACUUAAAUGACUCUGAUCAACAAAAUUAUCAGUGUUGUUUUGUAUUUGUUGUGUUUGGAGGUCCUUUCUGCUGUUGGUUUUCUCACAUUUUAGCGCAUUUUUGUUUUUAUUGGUCACAUUAUCACAGUGCGGUCAUGCAGCUGUGAGCAGUUUUAAAACCUGUCUGUUGCGUUCAAAUACACUGUAAAAACUUCUUCAAAUGAAGUGAUCAGUCAAAUAUUCUGGUCCACAGCAACACAUUUCAUUUCCCCUGAAUUUGAUUCUCCAAAACCAUCAGUGUAAUGCCAGCUGUGUGUCUUGAGCUCACAGCUGCAGCGCUGAGCGAUGAUAAUGUGCCUCUAUAACUCAUAUCGAAUGAAAUGAGAAAGUUUUGCACGUAUUUCUGUCCUGAGAUUGAUUGAAGACAAAGUUUUAUUUUUUAUUUAGGAUUCUUUGACUCCUUGUCAAGCGUGCAGGGGAACCGCUUUUUUUUUUACCUAAUAUAUAUAUUUUUGUGGGUUUUUUAUGUGUAUUCAAGCUGAACAUAUCAGAAUAAAGAUGUGAAAUGUGA